CCGAUUCAACGACAUUUUGUAAAACCCUACACAUAGAAUUACACCUUUUUCAGAGCAUAAGGUUUUCGGAAACCAAGCUCUGCAGAAUCACAUCGUAGCAGCCUCCAUACUUCACCAUGCCAAAAUCCAAGAGAAACAAGCAAGUUACACUUUCAAAGACAACGAAAAAGGGAAGAGGUCACAAAGAAGUGAUUGUGAACGCCAUAAGAGACGCAGCUGAGAAUUACAAUUCGGUAUACGUAUUUUCUUUUGAGAAUAUGAGGAAUAAGAAAUUGAAAGAGUUUAGAGAUGAGUUGAAAGCAACUAGUAGGUUUUUUCUUGGAUCUAAUAAAGUUAUGCAAGUUGCUCUUGGCCGUUCUGCUUCUGAUGAAAUUAAACCUAAUCUUCAUAAAGUUUCAAAGUUAUUGCGUGGAGAUGCUGGAAUGGUUUUUACUAAUAUUUCUAAAGAAGAAGUUGAAAGGCUGUUUAAUCAAUUUGAGGAAUUUGAUUUUGCAAGAACAGGAGGCAUUGCCACCGAAAAGGUGGAACUCAAGGAAGGUCCUUUAGAUCAGUUCACUCAUGAGAUGGAACCUUUUCUCCGGAAGCAAGGCAUGCCUGUUCGGUUAAAUAAAGGAGUUGUGGAGCUUGUUUCCGACUUUGUUGUUUGUGAGGAGGGAAAGCCUUUGUCACCUGAAGCAGCUCGCAUACUGCGUUUGAUGGGAGUCAAGAUGGCUACGUUUAAACUGAACCUUGUUUGCAGGUGGAGUGCGGAUGAUUUUGAACUCUACAUUGACGGCCCUGGCGAUUCAGAUGUUGAAUGCUCAUAGUAAAUGACUGAGCAUGUUGAAGAGUACAAGAUAUGUUGUGGAUCCAAUUUUCCUUGGAGGCUACAACCUUGAUGUAGUGAUACACAGUACUAUGAUUGGAGUUUUCUUAGAAAGUGUAUUUUUAGGAGAGUUGAUGAAUGUAACUUUAGCAGGGAAAGUGGCGUGUAUGGUCCGUUACUUAAAAUUCAAAUUUUGUGAACUUGAAAUAUUUUUGUUACUAAUAUCCAAUUUAUAUUAUUAAGUUGCAAACAAGCAUUUGCCUCGUUAAACUUCAAGUAUUGAUACCA